CCCUCCAAAGUCCCUUCCUGCUUGGCUUCUCCCUGGGGGGGGAGGAACGUGUUCUUUGUCUCUCCCAGCGCUGCAUUGGGGGGGACCCUUCUGGGAGCCGGAUUUGGUAGCACCUCUCGUUAGGACACACAAUGGCAGAAGAACGAAGGAGUUCCUUUAGACCUCUUGGAGGUUUCCUUGGAGCGCGGAUGGGCGAGGAAGACUCAGCUGGCCCUGAAGCAGGAAGAGGCUGCAAUUCCACCAAGAUUGGGAGCAGUUGGGCAUCCUGGAGAACCUCGCUGCAGAAAGUCCUCAGUGAGCAGCGUGCCCACAGCUCAGAUGCACAUCGCCAGCAGUUCAGGAAUUUUCACUACCAAGGCGCACAGGGCCCCCGAGAGAUUUGCAACCGACUCUACCAUAUUUGCCAUCGGUGGCUGAAGCCAGAGCAACACACAAAGAAGGAGAUCCUGGACCUGGUGAUCCUGAAGCAGUUCAUGAGUGUCCUUCCACAGGAGAUGGAGACCUGGGUGAAAGAAUGUGGAGCGGAGACCAGUUCCCAGGCAAUGGCCCUAGUUGAAGGUUACAUCCUGAGCCAGGCAGAGGAGAAACAUCAGGCAGGACAGCAGGGAGAGGAUUGGGUUGCAGAAAUGGACACCGAUUGCUCAGAGGCAGAGAUGGCUGCAUCGGACACCAGAGAGAGGCCACUUGGUGACAGGAUGAUGUUGACAAGACCUCAGCCAUCUGCUCUUGGAGGGGAAGCGGCUUCUGUGGCACAAGAUCAGAAUCCAGCAUCCUUUGAAGAUGUGGCUGUGAAUUUCACGGAGGAAGAGUGGGCUCUGCUGGAUGCUGACCAGAGAGCUCUGCAUAAGGAAGUCAUGGAGGAGACCUGUGGCAUCAUGGAUUCCCUUGAAUGUGGAAUAAAGCGGAAGAAUAUUAACUGGACGUGGGAGACCAGGGAUUAAAUCACCGCUCGGCUACGAAGCUCACUGGGUGACCUCAGCCCAGUCGCUGUAUCUCAGUCUAUGCUACCUCUCAGGAUGGUUGUGUGAAUAACAUUGGGCUAAGGAGACCCAUGAAUGCUGCCUCAAGCUCCUUGAAGGAAAAGUUGGAACAGAUGUAAAUGAAAUGCUAAUGAGCGGUGAUGAUAAUGAAAAGUCUUGUUUGCA